AUGAAACAACUAACAAAGAACAAAAUAAAAGCAAAUUUGCCCUUUCAGGUUGUUUUAUACAUUAAUGUCUGGCUGUUUCCAGUCUGGUUGUUGAUAAGCAUUACUAAUUUGGAUCUCAAAUAUAAUAAUGUGUCAAAUGUUCAUAAUACGAUAAUGCUAAUAAUAUUCCUAAUACUUUUGGUGUCUGAUAGUUUGAAGUUAUAUUUGGGAUAUGUUGGAAAUCUUGGUGGGAAGAUUUCAGAAUUGGCAGCGUGUUGGUUGAUUGCAACACUGAUACAACUUCCUUUGGAGAUGUUUCUUAUCUUUCAUUAUGGAACGUUGUUUCAAUGUAACAAAGUAUUUGUCGACUGUUUCCUGAUUUGCCUCCUUUUUCUUGAGGUUAUAACAGGUGCAAUUGCCUUGAAGAAUUUGGCAGAUCUUCAUGCGAGAACAUUUUAUUUGAUGCAGUUAUAUAACAUGCACAAGAGUUAUUAAUUUAUUAUACAUUUUACUAUGGUAGAUGCUAUCAUUAAAUUUUCUUAUUUCCGA